CCGAGUUGCAUUGUGGGAGUAGUCUUACUUCCGGGCGGCAGCGUGUUGAAAAGGCAUUGUAAGGACUGGAUUUUUUUUAAAAUCAAGAAACCCGCUUAUUAACAUCUUUUGCUUUCCCAGUUAGCCGUCGAUAUGGUAAAAUUAUCGGCAGAGCUAAUUGAGCAAGCUGCUCAAUACACAAACCCCGUGCGCGACAGAGAGCUGGAUCUGCGAGGUUACAAAAUUCCUGUACUUGAAAACCUUGGGGCUACACUUGACCAGUUUGAUACAAUCGAUUUCUCUGACAAUGAAAUCAGAAAACUGGACGGCUUCCCUUUGCUCAAGAGGCUCAAAACAUUGCUCAUGAACAACAACAGAAUAUGUCGUGUUGGUGAAAACCUUGAACAGGCAUUGCCGUGUAUGAGGGAGCUGAUCCUCACAAGCAACAACAUCCAGGAAUUGGGUGAUUUGGAUCCGCUAGCCUCAGUGAAGACAUUGACCCUUCUCAGUCUCCUAAGGAAUCCAGUGACCAACAAGAAACACUACAGGCUCUAUGUCAUCAACAAAAUUCCCCAGAUUCACGUGCUUGACUUCCAGAAGGUCAAGUUAAAGGAGCGUCAGGAGGCGGAGAAAAUGUUCAAGGGCAAACGAGGUGCUCAGCUUGCAAAGGAUAUUGCCAAGCGGACCAAAACGUUCACCCCCGGAGCUGCCGUGCAGCAGCCUGAGAAGAAGAAGAUGGGACCGUCUCCCGCUGACGUGGAAGCGAUCAAGAAUGCAAUAGCUAACGCCUCGUCUCUGGCCGAGGUGGAGAGGUUGAAGGGGAUGCUGCAGGCUGGUCAGAUCCCCGGACGGGAGGUCAGACAAGUCCCCCCGGAAAUGGUGGAGGUGGAAGAGGAAGAGGAGGAGAACGGGGUUGUACAUAUGCAACGAGAGAUACAGACAGAGGAAGGAAAUGGAGUGGAGGAGAUGGAAGAGGAUGUUGUGGAGGAGGUACAGGGAAAGGUGGAGGAGGUACAGGGAAAGGAGGUAGAAAAGGAAGAAGUGCAGGAGAAAGAAGAGGGGGAGGAGGGUGAAAAACAAGAGUCUGAGGAAGAUGAGUCUGAGGACGAUGAUAUGGAUGAAGACUCACCGGUUAACGGAUCAUGAUCGUUUUAUGCAGAUCUCAAGUCUUGCUUGAUUUGUAAGUUUAUAUUUGUUGAGCAUGUAAUGCCAUUUUUGUUAUUUUGAGAAAUGAAAAUACAAUAAACAUUUUUUUACAAAACAA